UUAUCGGAGGACAGAAAGGCGCCGAAGCUGCUGCUUGGAUCCUGCAUUCAUUAAUUCAGUGAAGUCUCGCGGUGUUCACACAACCUCUCAGACAUCUUGCGUUUGUCAGGCGAACUGCUACAUGCACGAACAGAAACGCAUUAAAAUAUCAUCCAGCAUCGCUCGAACGCCAUCACCUCUUCACAUGCGGGGCUGAACUGAGUUUGCGCGUUUGAGACACUCGGAGAGGAUCGCGUGCGGCGUUAUUUUCGUAUUGUGCGUCAUUUCUGCAUUUCUGCGUUUCCACCCAGGCAAUAUGGCAACACCCGCCGCUGUAAACCCAUCGGAAAUGGGCACGGAUCUGCCGGGGUCGGUAGCCAUGCCAGGCGCUGUGGGUGCGGGCCAGGUCAGGAUGGUGGGCACCAUGCCAGGGCGAGGAGGCAAGCGGAGAUCAACGGGGAUGGAAUUUGAUGACGAGGACGGAGAGGGACCCAGCAAAUUUUCAAGGUAUGACGAUGAUCAAAUUCCUGGUGAUAAGGAGCGUUAUGCCAGAGAGAACCACAGUGAGAUUGAGCGUCGCCGGCGUAAUAAGAUGACCCAGUACAUCACAGAGCUGUCGGACAUGGUGCCCACAUGCAGCGCUCUAGCGAGGAAACCAGACAAGCUCACCAUCCUGCGCAUGGCCGUCUCACACAUGAAGUCCAUGAGGGGAACGGGGAACACGUCAACCGAUGGCGCUUACAAACCCUCCUUCCUGACUGAACAGGAACUGAAGCACUUGAUUCUGGAGGCGGCAGACGGCUUCUUGUUCGUGGUGGCGGCUGAGACGGGUCGUGUCAUCUACGUGUCGGAUUCUGUCACUCCUGUUCUGAACCAUCCGCAGGCCGAGUGGUUUGGCAGCACGCUCUAUGAGCAGGUCCAUCCAGAUGACGUGGACAAACUGAGGGAACAGCUGAGCACAUCUGAGAAUUCAAUGACAGGGCGUAUUCUGGACCUAAAGACGGGGACGGUGAAGAAGGAAGGACAGCAAUCCUCUAUGAGAAUGUGUAUGGGAUCCAGACGUUCCUUCAUCUGCAGAAUGAGGUGUGGCAGUGCACCAUUGGAUCAUAUCUCACUGAAUCGGUUGUCUAGCAUGAGAAAGAGAUACAGAAAUGGUCUUGGCCCAUCUAAGGAGGGGGAGGCUCAGUACUCUGUUGUGCACUGUACUGGCUACAUCAAGGCCUGGCCGCCAGCGGGCAUGACUAUUCCGGAUGAAGAUACGGAAGCAGGUCAAACCAGCAAAUACUGCUUGGUUGCGAUUGGAAGACUGCAGGUGACCAGCUCUCCAGUUUCCAUGGAUAUGAACGGACUCUCUGUGCCAACGGAAUUCCUUUCCCGUCACAACUCGGAUGGCAUUAUCACGUUUGUGGACCCUCGUUGCAUCAAUGUGAUUGGCUACCAGCCUCAGGAUCUUCUUGGCAAAGAUAUUCUAGAGUUCUGCCACCCAGAGGAUCAGAGCCACCUGAGAGAGAGCUUUCAGCAGGUGGUCAAGCUGAAAGGGCAGGUUCUCUCAGUCAUGUACCGGUUCCGGAUGAAGAACCGAGAGUGGAUGCUCAUCAGAACCAGCAGUUUCACCUUCCAGAACCCUUAUUCGGAUGAGAUCGAGUACAUCAUCUGCACCAAUACCAAUGUCAAGCAGCUUCAGCAGCAGCAGCAAGCCGAACUGGAAGUUCACCAGAGAGAUGGACUGACUGCUUACGACCUGUCGCAGGUGCCGGUUGCCAGCGUUCAAUCCGGCGUUCAUGAGGCGGGCAAGACCAUCGACAAAGCCGAUUCGCUGUUCUCCCAGGAGAGAGACCCUCGCUUCAGUGACAUGUACACGGGAAUAUCUGCAUCUGAUAAAAAGAUGAUGGUUCCCUCCUCCACUGCUGGUGGGCAGCAGUUAUACUCUCAAGGCAGCCCGUUCCAGCCCGGACACUCUGGCAAGAGCUUUGGCUCAUCUGUGAUCCACGUCCCAGGUGUCAAUGACAUCCAGUCCACAGCUGGUUCAGCUGGACAGAACCUAACCCAGAUAUCCCGGCAGAUCAACGCCGGCCAGGUGUCCUGGACAGGAAGCCGACCGCCCUUCUCCGGCCAGCAGAUUCAAACUCAGUCCAAUAAGGCUCAAUCCUCACCAUUCGGCAUUGGCUCCAGCCACAGCUACCAGGCCGACCCGUCCUCAUACAGCCCUCUGUCCAGCCCCGCCACCUCCUCGCCCUCUGGAAAUGCCUACUCCAACCUGGCCAAUCGCAGCGCUGCUUUUGAUGUGUCAGGUGAAAGCAGCCAGAGCGGAGGGCAGUUCCAGGGUCGUCCGUCUGAGGUCUGGUCCCAGUGGCAGAGUCAACACCACAGCCAGCAGGGUGGAGACCCACAUCCUCAUCCUCAGUCCAGCCAGACGGAGGUCUUCCAGGAUAUGCUGCCGAUGCCGGGCGAUCCCACUCAAGGAUCAACCAAUUACAACAUUGAAGACUUUGCCGACCUCGGCAUGUUCCCGCCGUUUUCUGAGUAAAUGGAGACUCGUAUGUUUGUUCGUUUUGUUUUGGUUCAGACUGCAGUACCUUUAUCUCACAUGUGACGAACAUGACGCUGCUGAAACACAUUUCUGAAUUCACUUACACACUCUCUUGACUUGAUCAUUCAUACACAAACAGUUCAAAACAAGAUAUACCCCAUUCUUGAUGUUCCUUAUCAUUUGAUCAUCAUGUGAUGAUUAACUGCUGCCAUUAUCAAUAGAAAAUAUACAUAAACAACCCUUUUAAUAAAUAAUACAUUUGCAUUUACAGUCCAAUUUUUGAGAGCGAUAGCAGUGUAAGAUUAUAAUUUACUUUAGUUAAUAAAGCGCAAUAACUAAUAAGUCUAAUUUACAUAGAAAGCAGGUGAAUUUAAUACCUGGGUUGGGUGAAAUGUGAAUAUGACGCAGGAUUUUGUGUCAAAAUGACUGUAUGCUAAAGUUAGAUGAUUCAUGCAGCGACCUCAUGUCAGGACUGGUUUCACACACACAGGAAUCCAACAAAAAUAUAAUGAAGAGUUUUUCUCUUUUUUUGACGUUUUUAUCGUACAGAAGUAUUUUCUGAAUCUUUCAUGAUGCGAAGAAUCUUUUUCUCUUCAAGUGUUGCACCUCAUUUUUCAUUGCCAAACAGCAUCUUGCUGACAAAAAACGCUGAGAUAUUUUUACGCUUACCGUGUAAAAUGUAGUCUAUGUAGUGAUGUCUAUAACCUAGUUAAACUAAUAAUAAAUGUAGGCAGAUAUAAAGAAAAAAAGUCAGUAUUUGAUUUAAUUCGAAAAUUGCUUUCGCAACUUUUUUUUUUUUUACUUUUCCUUUUGUUGUUCUUACAAAAACACUUGCAACAGUGUCACUUUGUGAAGUAAUCGACACCAGCCUCAUAUGAGCAAAUGCAGCAUAAAAAUAAACAAUGUUCAUUGUAAUCUUUGUGGCAGCUGCAAUUCUUGCUAUUAACUUUUGGACUAAUAACGUGGACUUCUCGUUUUCAUGAUGAAACUCGAUCACGCCACAACUAUGGACUGAUGGAAAGACGUCGACAUGAAAUCGAAACCUUUUUGCAAAAUCAAAUGGAUGUUUAAUGUAAAUAAUGUGAUUUUUAUGUCGGACCAUGUUUCAUUUGACAUACAGCUAUAUAUACUUGUGUAGGUUUAAUAUCAUUGUGUGCAAUGUGAGUACAUAUUUAACUCCGGAACUUAGUUAGCCUGUCCAUUGUACAAUGAGUUUAGGAUUGUAUAAAUUGUGCAAAUGUGUUCCAUUAUUUUUGUGUAACUUUAUGACAAGAAAUUGUGCUUGUUGUGACAAUAAAUUCUCAUCGAGUAUGUGCAUUUCAAUCAAA